UUAUCAAACAGAGUAAAAGGUGUUCAUUUUAGUGAGAUCAGACGAGAGAGAACAAAAACAUGGGUGUUCUGGAUCAUGCUUCUGAUCUUUUCGACUGUUCUCAUGGCCGUUCCAAGCUCAAGAAGAAACGUAAGCAGUUGCAGACGGUGGAGAUGAAGGUGAAAAUGGACUGCGAAGGAUGCGAGCGCAAAGUGAAGAAAUCAGUGGAAGGGAUGAAAGGCGUGACGCAGGUGGACGUGGAUCGCAAGGCCAGCAAGCUGACGGUGGUCGGAUACGUGGAGCCAUCGAAGCUGGUGGCACGCGUGGCGCACCGGACGGGGAAGAAGGUGGAGCUGUGGCCGUAUGUGCCGUAUGACGUGGUGGCUCACCCUUACGCACAAGGGGUAUACGACAAGAAGGCACCGGCCGGGUACGUUCGCAACGCACAGGAUUCGCAGGGGACGUAUCUCGCACGUGCUAGCUCCACUGAAGUUAGAUACACCACAGCUUUUAGCGACGAAAACCCUGCUGCUUGUUCUGUUAUGUGAUUUAAAAAGAGAAGACAUUUUGUUGUAGUGAAUUGAUUUGGAUUUGGUUGUACAUUU